CGCGCCGGGUCCCUCUCGGUCUCUUGGAGCGGCACACUCCCCGGAGCUCCUGCCACGGCCGUCGCCUCAGCCGCGGCUCUCUAGCCUGGAGGCUCAGCCUCGCCCCUCAGAGCCUCAUCCCAGGCCUCCUCCCUUCCUUCCGACACUCCCCUUCCCUUUCCCGCCCUUCUCUCCCACCCGGUCCAUCGAGAGAGCCUGUAUACGAAGCAGGCGGGCUUGAGAAGGGAGUUGGGAAAAUGGAGGUGCCGCGCCUGGAUCAUACCCUCAACAGCCCCACCAGCCCCUGUGAGGAGGUGAUCAAAAACCUCAGCCUGGAGGCCAUUCAGCUGUGCGACCGGGACGGGAACAAAUCACAAGACAGUGGCAUAGCAGAAAUGGAAGAACUUCCUGUACCACAUAACAUCAAAAUAAGCAACAUUACCUGUGAUUCAUUCAAGAUUUCAUGGGAAAUGGAUUCAAAGUCAAAGGACCGUAUUACACACUAUUUCAUUGACCUCAAUAAGAAAGAGAACAAGAACUCCAAUAAAUUUAAACACAAGGAUGUUCCAACAAAAUUGGUGGCAAAAGCUGUUCCUUUGCCAAUGACUGUCCGUGGACACUGGUUUUUGAGCCCAAGAACUGAGUAUACAGUAGCAGUACAGACUGCCUCAAAACAAGUUGAUGGUGAUUAUGUUGUGUCUGAAUGGAGUGAAAUUAUAGAAUUCUGCACAGCAGACUAUUCAAAAGUUCAUCUAACACAGCUGUUGGAGAAGGCUGAAGUGAUUGCAGGACGGAUGCUUAAAUUUUCUGUUUUUUAUCGUAACCAACACAAAGAAUAUUUUGACUAUAUUCGGGAACAUCAUGGGAAUGCUAUGCAGCCAUCUGUCAAGGAUAACAGUGGUAGCCAUGGCUCUCCUAUCAGUGGAAAAUUAGAAGGCAUUUUCUUCAGCUGCAGCACUGAAUUUAAUACUGGGAAGCCACCCCAGGAUUCCCCUUAUGGAAGAUACAGGUUUGAGAUUGCAGCAGAAAAACUUUUUAACCCCAAUAGUAACUUAUACUUUGGGGACUUCUACUGUAUGUACACUGCUUAUCAUUAUGUGAUUCUUGUUAUUGCCCCUGUGGGAUCACCAGGAGAUGAAUUUUGUAAGCAGCGCCUUCCUCAGCUAAAUUCCAAGGAUAAUAAAUUUUUGACCUGCACAGAAGAAGAUGGGGUGCUGGUUUACCACCAUGCCCAGGAUGUCAUUUUAGAAGUCAUUUACACUGAUCCUGUGGAUCUUUCUCUGGGCACUGUAGCAGAAAUCACUGGUCAUCAGCUCAUGAGUCUGUCUACUGCAAAUGCAAAGAAAGAUCCCAGCUGCAAAACCUGUAAUAUCAGUGUUGGACGUUAAUGCCCACUUUUCUUACGCAGUCCCUUUUCUUCCCUUAGGAGCAUUGAUCCUCUGUUGUCCAUUUUCAUCACCAGAUGUUUUCCACUGAAGCAUGCACAUGCCGCUAUCACCAAAAGCAAACUGCCAUUUUUCAAAUUCCAUUCAGAGCCAUUUUAGUGUUUCCUAUUCCCUGCCCUUCCCAUUACUUUCAAUGAUGAAAGUUCUCCUCUGACACUUUAUUGCCUAGAUGCUGCAAUGUUUUUAUUUUUCCUUUAUGCCAAACAUAACAAGACAAUUAUAUAAACGCUUUAGCAAAACACAAAAUAACAGCUUAUAAAUGGUGUUUAAAUAUGCAUUCAUUUUAAUCUACUGAACGAAUAUUGGGAUAACUCCAAACCGCAUGAAAGGGUGUAAUUGCAGCAUGAGUUAAAUCUUGAAGCCUAGAAUUGUCAACACUUCCAACUUGUUGUUUGACAGUGUUAUUUAUGUUAUUUAUAUUAGCUAACAGGAAACAACUAUUGUGUUUCAACAUAAUAAAUAUAAUAGAAAAAUA